AUGGAGGGUCAGGGCUGGGGAAGAAAGACUUCAGAGAUUGAUAGAGAACAAAACAUGACCAAUCAGCAAAACAACCCAGGCCUUUUAGAGAAAAUCAGUGGUUUAAGUAAGGAGAAGAUUAUAAAUACAAUAAAACAAAGGGAAAAAAGUCACAUUGAAGUCCUGAAAGAAUGCAGCUUGGUUGGGAAAAACAAUGUGAAGGAAAUUACAGACUCUGUGCUGAGUAUUGGAUGGGGAACAGAGGACCAGAAGAAAGUCAAUACUGAGUUUUUUUCCGUGUGCCAUUUUGUAUUGGAUAUAGACAAUCCAUGGGUAGAUGACCUUUUUGCACUUAUAAGUGGUAGUGAUGUGGAAGAGAAUUGGAAGAAUUUAACCAAAAAUAGAGAAGUUAAACCAUCAAAAUAUUAUAAAGGGAAACCAUAUGAAAUCUUCUCAUGUAACUGUAGAGAGCCAGCAUGUGCAACAUGUAGAGACAGAGAUUCUCAACAGAAGAAACUAAGGAACCAGAUAAGUGGUUAUUUUCCAUAUAAAAGAGAACAACAACAACCAAAACUGGACACACUCCAAGAAUGCAUACACCAGCUACAGAUGCAUUGCAACCAUUGUUGGGAAAAUGGGGAAGAAUUCGGAGGGUUCUGCAAGGGAAAAGAUUGGGAAGUUCCCUAUGUUUUUGGAACAGAGAAAAUGAAAGAAAUUCUCCUUAGACAUUUAAAUGACUUUCCACAUCCGGUUUCAGAAAGUAAAGAAUGUUUUGAUACUACUGUAGAACAGGCAAGAGAAAAAUUAGUUGAGUUGGGAUUUGAAUUUCGCUGUAUCAAAGUAUCAGGGAACCCAGUGCAAGUUGACGGGGAAACAGGAAUGAAAGAUAAAGAAAAAGAGAUUCUGAUGGAGAUGGAGGAGUUGGUUAACAAGCCCCUGAAUAAGUCAGACAUUAUGAGGACAUUGACCAAACAUUCUGUUGGAAUUUUACUUUGGCAGAACCAUUGCCAGGCCACUGUCACAUGUAUAGGAAAAGACCUUGUAUUAGCACCAGCACACAUAUUUCAACAGGAUAAGUCGGAGAUAUGGGAUCACCUGCUCUUGAUGUAUUGUGAAAAAGUAUUAGAAGAUGAGGAUGCAAGGACAAACACUUUCUGUAAUCUUAGGGAAAAAGGACACACCUGCAUCAAAGAAAAUUUGGAUACAAUGGAUGAAUCAUUUAAGAAAUUUAUAGGAGAAUUUGAAAAGACCAAACAGAAAAAUCAGAGCGAGGAUGCAUUUAAAGAAUUUAAAGCAAAAAGUGAGGCUGCAAUCAGAGUAAUGCAAGUUGAAAUUGAAAGACUGUGUAAAAUAAAGGAAGAGCAGUUGGUGACCUUGAAGCCAGAAGAGAUGAAAAUACAUAUAGGAUACACAGAAGAUGUACAUGAUCAUUUCAGGGAAAACUGCUGCAAAUACUUUGUAAAUGAAGUGAUUUUGAUAAAUCAUAAGCUUGACUUUUCUUUGCUAAAAGUCAAAGAAUCACAAAGUUUCAAAGGUAGCAAGGAACUAUCUGCCAAGCAAAACCUAGUUCCUAUGGUCCUUAGUUCAAAAGAUUCCAAUAUGCACCAUGUUUAUGUAGCCUCACAUCCAUUUAAUAGGACUUUGUCAAUUGAAAACUUUGUAAAACUUCUUUGUGAUGAUGAGAAACGUUCUUUUGUUGAAAAUUUUCAUAUUCGUGCAAUAACACAAGCUAUUGCAGAAGACAAAGAUACAAUCCUGAGACACACAUCCAAAUCCUUUCUGGAAAAAGUUCCAAACAAAAUUUAUUUGCACAAGUAUGAAACAGAUGGCAAAACAAAACAAUUAAUAAAAAGAAGCUACAGUGAAGGGGGAAUUCCUGGAAGUCAUUCUAAUGAGAUGGAAGCAGAUAGGCCAACACACAAGAAAUUACUGGUCUCAGUAGAGAGCUUGAAGGAUGGCAGGUGGCAUUCUUACAGUUUGAGAGAUUUCUGGCACUGUGAUAUACCCAAAAGGAAAAAUUUGCAGAUCCCGAUUCCAGCAGCAAAAGAUGGAACUAACAAUCCAUACAGAAUCAUUAUAACAUCAAGACAGGAACAGGUGAGCUUUGCUUGUGAGAUAGAAGAAAAUGGUGGAGAUGAUAAACAAGGCAUUUUGAGAAUCCAAAAGUUAGACUAUGCCAUUGUUGUAGAGGAAAACCCUACAAAUUCUGUAUUUUUAUCUUUGGUAUCAGAUGAGUCAAAUAUGAAAAAAAUAAAAUGUGCAAUUAAAGAUGAAAAACUUGUGAUAAAUGAUGGGAGUCCGGAGGCUGAUAAAAAGGGUACAAUUGCUUGGAAGACAAUUAACAGUCUAGAAUUCAAGACAGAUUUGCCAGCACAUGUAUUAAGAGUGGGUGAAUCUUGUCAUUUACCUGAAAUUUCAUUGACUUUACGAAACAAAAAUUUGCAUUAUAGUAUUAAGGAAAAAAAUGCUCAGCCAAGAUGUAUCUUGUGUCUGGAAGAAACAAUUUUCAAACUAGAACUUGAAGUCAAAAAAGAGAAUAAUGUUAAUGAAGAUGAAGUCAAAAAAGAGAAAGAUACAGACAGAAAUGGGAAAGCAGUUAAUGAAGAUAAAGUCAAUCACAGAGUUGUGAAAAUUGAAGUAGAUGAGAAGGAGAUUCCACUCAAUAUAGACACUUCACAGAGUAAUACAAGACAAAGAAGAUAUACCCAAAGACAGAGAAAAGAAUGCAUUCACUUUAAAAAUAUAAAAGAUGGCAUAAUAGGAAUUAUUUUAAUGAAAAUAAAAUCCAAAAAGGGACAUCAUGGGGACAAAAAUUUUAGUGUGAUUUCAGAAUGCGACACCUCAAAAGAAAGUAAAUCUAAGAAGAAAUGUCAGGAGGACAGAUAUUGCAGUGUAAAAAUAAAAUUGGAUUCCACAAGUGAAAGUUUUAAAUACAAGUACAAAGCAGACUGGCUUAAAUCAAGAAAAUUGACCUUGACAGAAGGAGACACAGGAGAGUCCUACCUAGUUUGGCCAACUGAUUCGCUGUCUUCCAAUUUUGAACUCCGGUUUCAGAAAAAGGGAAAGCCCUGUAUAACCCUUUCACUCAUCCUCUAUUCUGACAGUCAUAGAGUUGUAGAGUUUGAUCCAGAUGGGAGAAAAAGUCAUGGAUGUUUACUUCGCCAGGUGAGUGCACCUGGGAAUCCCAGAGAAUCUACACAUCGAAAUCCACCAGAAAUAGCAAGAUUGGAGAAAAUUUCACCUUUUGAUGAAAAACAGAGAUUUGUGAAAAAUCUGUUUACAUCAUUCAGUAAUGCAGAACAGAAGAAACUCAUCAUAAAUGAAGAUAUUUUAACUGAAGGAAGAAAGAAGUACAUUGGAAGCGAUGAUAAAUUUGAACAUCUCAAGUUGAUUGACAUGGAGUAUGGUGCCUCUGGUGGAGCAUGUUGUUUCCUUGAUGACCAAGGUCAGGUCACCCUACAUGGCAUGUUCCUUGGAGCAUGUCCACCCUUUUAUUAUAAUAAUGAGGACUUGAAGCAUUUCUUCAACAAGACUGGUACCUGCUUCAACAAAAUCUUACCAUCAAAGAAAAUAAAAGACAUACUAGAAAAGCAACAAAAAUCAGGGGCCUUGAAUCAAAGUGAAGACAAUACUCAAGUGAAUGAAUGAUAGGUGCCUUAUACAUGUAACCAGUAUAUUACAAUUCCUAAUUCUGCAAUGACUGUUUUGUAUAAUCAUGUAUGAACCAUGCUAUAUUUCUUGUAAUGCCUUUUUAGAUUUAUUUAUGAUAACAAUUAUAUUUUUGUGCACUUUUGAAAAAGAAUAUAUAUUUUUAUUACAUAUGAAAAACUGUAUAACUACCGGUAGUUAAUUUGAC